CAUGUUAUUAUUAUAAAGAUAGAUACUUUUUCCGCUGUGUAACAGUUUCUACGGUCUAAAUAGUUGAUGAGACGGGUGACAGUCUUCAAUUAACACCUGGCACACCCCCUCUGUAAAAGACAAAGACAAAUAUUGUACCCACAGCAGUAUAUAAGCAAUAUCUGCUCUUAAAAGUCUAAUAGUCGCAUAAUGGCUUUCUCCACCUCCGUGUCGGUUAUUUUUGGGAUCUCAGCGAUCUUUUGUUGGGUCUCAGUUUCUGGAGAUUUGCGAGCAGACCUCAAGGAUUUCGUAGCACUGGUUCCACGUCGAAGAAUUGGAUUUAUUGCCGCCAGAUACUAUAUCUUCGAUCCCAAGUUCCGUCAGGCAGUUGAGUUUGUGCGCAGUGAUGAGUUUACAACGACCUGGAAACAAAUUCGUGCCGCUCCCGAUUUUGUGGAUAUUAUUAACUAUGUCACCGAAUACGGUUCGGGCUAUGAUAUUACUACUCUUGUGGAUAGUUUACCUACUCGGUUGCAAGCUUAUCAACUGUCGCGCACUGUACCUGUGGAAUUAAUGCUGCGGCGUGAUUUGACUACCUUCCUUCGGGAUGUUAUUCAAAGUUUGCCCAGGACCAGAAUCUAUUCGUUAAUGUCACAGAAAAUGCGACAGAGUAGCGAAUUCGCCAGACUCUACAAGGCCCUGAGGAAUAAAGAGUUUAAGGAGCUAGUGCAGCGUGCCAGGCGUUCCGAACAACUGAAAGCCCCAAUACGAAAAUUGAAUCAAAAAAGUAUCAACGUCGACGAACUUCUCCAAAUCCUCUUUGAGGUAAUCAGUUGGGGUCCUCAGAUCUCUUAG